CGUAUGUUCGCGGCGGUCGCUCGCUUCCACGUGGAGGCAGAGCUCCGAACUGCUCCGUCGCCGAUGUGAGAUCGUUGUCGCGCGCGUUUUCCGCGGAAUAGCACGGCGACGCACGAGUGAAUGUAUAUCGCGCUGUGUUGCGUUGGUUGCCCGCCGGCGAAAGAAGCGGCGCGGCGCCGCGUCGCCCGUUCUGAAAAGAUCCCUUCGCGGCUAACUUCAGAGUGCAGUGACACGGUUCUUUAACGUACGGUGCGCGAAUGUGAGGAGAACUUGGCUUUCAGUGAGACUCCGGUGGACGGCACGCGACGCGACGCGACGCGAGACGAGUGGUGUGCUCCCUACGCGGAAUUUUUUGGAUUACCUGAAGCACAAUAGCGAGAGAGCGACGGAGGGGACUCCGCCCGUCUGUUCCUGUCGCGAGAGUGACGCGGGGACGCGGCCGGCGUCGCGGGAAUCGCAGCGCGCACAGCAAGGUGACCGCCGUCGACACGCGAAACGGGGCCAGAAGUCUCGUGCCUCGCAGUGGCCUUGUUCUGCCGGGCAAAAGACAAACCGGGUGGAAGCGUUUGUCGACAAGGACCGACGAUGAGCUAGCGACACCAUCAUGCACAGGAUGAAGCAUCGCGCGUUGCAUGCUUGGCCAUGGUUGUGGCUGUGGCUGUUUGUGGCCACGGCCGGCUCCCCGUCGUCCGACACCCCCGUGCCAACGACUCUGAUACCGCCACGUGGCGGCGGAGAUGGAGGCGCGGAAGGCGACGGCGGCGACGGCAACGGUGGCGGCGGUUCGAUGAAGCCAUCGAUCCCGUCGAUCGGCACCGCAACGAACCUGCCGAUCACGUUUGAGGAUGACGCGAGUCUUUUUUCGGGACCCGAGUUCCGUUUCACGCAAUCUCUAUACAAUGUCUCCAUUCCCGAGAAUUCCAUUGGCAAGACGUACGUUGUGCCCGAGGAACGGAUGGGCAUAAAGCUCGCGUCCGCCGACAGUGACGUCGACGUAAAGUUUCGCAUAGUGAGCGGCGAUCGCGAAAAGUUCUUUAAAGCGGAGGAGCGCACGGUCGGUGAUUUUUGCUUCCUCCUGAUUCGGACUCGAACCAGCAACGUCGACGUGCUAAAUCGCGAACGCAAAGACCGAUAUGUGCUCGAAGUGCGUGCCACCUCGAGCAAACGCGACGGUAGAAACAGAGUGAUUGCGCUCGAGGCGGACGCCACGGUGGUGGUGACGAUUCUCGACACGAACGAUCUCAAUCCGUUGUUCUAUCCGAUCGAGUACGAGACCACCGUGACAGAGGACACGCCUUUGCAUCGCAGCAUACUCAGGGUAAUCGCCGAGGACGCCGAUCUCGGCAGAAACGGCGAGAUUUACUAUAGCUUUGCCGAGGAGACCGAUCAAUUCGCCGUUCAUCCGGUCAGCGGCGUAAUAACGCUCACAAGACCGCUCAGGUACGCGGAACGCGCCAUACACGAGCUGGUAGUCCUGGCGAAGGAUCGCGGCGCUCUGUUCCGCAACGCGGGUACCAGCCGCGCGAGCACCGCUAGGGUCACGAUCAGGGUACGGCAGGUGAACUUGUACGCGCCCGAGAUCUACGUGCACCAGCUUCCCGACAUCGUCGAGAAUUCAAACGCCGACAUCUACGCGAUCGUGCGGGUGAUCGACCGUGACGACGGCGUACACGGCCAAAUCGCGAGCCUCGACAUCGUGGGCGGCGAUCCGGCCGGCCACUUCAGGGUGCGUCCGGCCGGCGGGCCGCGCUCCGGCGAGUACAACAUCGAGGUACUGCAUCUGCUCGAUCGCGAGACCGCGCUACAAGGUUACAAUCUCACCCUGCGCGCAAUGGACCGCGGGGUGCCGCAGCGAUACAGUUACAAAUUCGUGCCGGUGCACUUGGCCGACGUGAACGACAACGCCCCGGUGUUCAGUCGCGAGAUCUACGAGGUCAAGGUGCCGGAAACGGCGCCCAUUAACACGCCGAUCAUAAGGCUCAAGGUCACGGACGCGGACGAAGGGAAGAACGCAUUGGUGUAUCUCGAAAUAGUCGGCGGCAAUGAGGGUGGCGAGUUUCACGUGAACGCCGAGACCGGUAUGUUGUACACGGCCGUCAAUCUGGACGCCGAAAAGAAGGCGUUUUACACGCUCACGGUCUCGGCGAUCGAUCAAGGUAAUGCCGGCACGAGAAAGCAAUCCUCGGCGAAAGUGAAGAUCAACGUGGUCGACACCAACGAUAACGAUCCGAUCUUCGACCAGCCGGAAAUGGAGGUGCUGCUGGACGAGAACGAGCCGGCCGGCACGUCCGUCGUGCGAGUUACCGCGAAAGAUCGUGACUCCGGUGAGAACGCCUACAUAUCUUACAGUAUCGACAACCUUAAGAAAGUGCCGUUCGAGAUCGAUCAUUUCUCCGGUAUCGUCAAGACCAAACAGGUGCUCGACUACGAGACCAUGAAGCGGGAGUAUUUGCUACACGUGCGGGCCAGCGAUUGGGGCCUGCCCUAUCGGCGUCAGGCGGAGAUGCAAUUACGAGUGAGGUUGCGGGACGUGAACGACAAUCGACCGCAGUUCGAGCGGAUCGACUGCACCGGACACGUGCCGCGAUACGUGUCGAUCGGCUCCGAGAUCAUCACCGUGUCCGCGAUCGACUUCGACGCCGGGAACAUCGUCAGUUACCGCAUAGUGUCCGGCAAUUCCGACGGUUGCUUCGCCCUCGACUCGGCCAGCGGCGUCCUUUCGGUCGCCUGCGAUCUGUCGGACAUCAAGGCCACCGAGAGAACUAUCAACGUUACCGCAACCGACGGCACGCACUUCGCGGACGUCAAUCCCGUGCACAUACAUCUUGUGAACGCCAAACGGAAUCUGGGCUCGCAGGCGAGAAUCCUGACGGAUGAGACCGGCGCUUUCGAGUGUCACGACACCGGCGUGGCGCGCAGAUUGACGGACGCGAUCGCUUCAGCGGAGAAGAAUAACAUGCCGUCGCGGGACGACGAGUACACUCUGAUACCGAGUCGUUACGGCGAGAACGUGCACGCGCCCGAGUUCAUCGAUUUCCCGAACGAGAUACGGGUCAACGAGUCGCUCAAGCUCGGCACGAUUCUCGUACGAAUACGCGCCCGCGAUCGCGACCUCGAUUAUAACGGCAAGCUCGUUUUCGUUAUAUCCAGCGGCGACCGCGACUCCGUCUUCGGCAUCGAUCCGGAUACCGGCGAUCUGAACACGAUUGGUUAUCUGGACCGCGAGCGGGAAACCGAGUAUUACCUAAAUAUAAGUGUAUUCGAUCUGGGAAAACCACAGAAAUCCGCCUCGAAGAUGCUGCCGAUCACCAUCUUGGACGUCAACGACAACGCGCCCAAGUUCGAAAAGUCAUUGGCGAGUUUCAGGAUCUCCGAGACCGCGCUGAACGGCACUAACGUAUGGCGCGCCAACGCCACUGACGCCGACCUCGGUGACAACGCGCGCGUCACUUACUCUCUCGUGACGGAGACCAAUGACUUCCGCGUGGAUCCUGUGACGGGCGUAUUGAGCGUCUUCGGAAAGCUCGACAGGGAACGACAAGAGAUAUACGAGUUAAGGAUCCGCGCGCGUGAUAAUGGCGGCAAGGACAACGACACCCCGCCCUUGUACUCGGACGCGCUCGUCAGAGUGACGGUCGACGAUGUCAACGACAACGCGCCCACCUUUGCGCUGUCGAGUUACAACGUCAAGAUCCGCGAAGAUGUACCAGUUUGGACCGUCGUGGCCGUUGUGGACGCCACGGAUCCCGACGAAGGCGCAGGCGGCGACGUGGAAUACUUCCUGUCGGACGCGAUGGAGAGCGAAGGUUUCUUCAAGGUCGACAAGGUGUCGGGCACGGUGAGAACGACUCAGAGCUUGGACUUUGAGGAGCGGCAGGUGCACACGCUGACGAUAGUCGCGCGCGAUCGCGGUGAGCCGUCUUUAUCUUCCGAGACGAUGCUCGUGAUCGAGGUGAUCGACGUGAACGAGAACCUUCAUUCGCCAGUCUUCGAUGACUUUGUCGUGUCCGCGAGUGUCUUCGAGAACCAACCUAUCGGCACCCUCGUCACUACGGUUCGAGCGAAGGACGCUGAUCCCCCUGGUGGAGAUUCGAGAAUUGGAUACAGCAUUCAUGGAGGCGACGGCGUCGGCAUUUUCUCCAUCGACAACGAAGGAAACAUCAGGACCAAGGCGGUGCUCGACGUCGAGACGAAGAGGGGAUACUGGUUGACCGUUUACGCCCAGGAUCACGGAGUGGUUCCGCUGAGCUCGAGUCUGCAAGUCUACGUCGAAGUGCUGGACGAGAAUGACAACACGCCGCUGACCGAGCUUCCCGUUUACUAUCCAUCCGUGGCGGAGAACUCGCCCGCCAGCGUGAGCGUCCUGCAGAUCCGCGCCUUCGAUCGCGACGUCUCGCCCCAGCAAUUCGUCUUCACCAUCAGCAGCGGCAAUCCGGAGGGUUAUUUUCUCAUCAACUCCACCACCGGUCUCAUCAGCACCAGUGGCAGGAAGCUCGAUCGCGAGAAUCAAGCGGAGCACGUGUUGGAGGUGACAGUGAGAGAUAACGGCAGGCCACCUUUGUCGUCGACUACGAGAGUCGUCAUCGAGGUAGCGGACAUUAAUGACCACGGUCCGGAAUUCGAGCAGAAGUUCUACACGGUCCAGAUUCCAGCGUCGCCGGCGACCGACAAGCCGCUCUUCCAGAAAUCGAGGAACCGCUCGCGGGAGUUCGACCUUUCGAUCGAUACGUUACUAGAGAACGGGACUUGGGAGACAUUUAGCCCCGACACCUUGUCAGGAGAUCGUAUCUUCAGGGUUCUUGCGUAUGACCAAGAUAUCGGUGACAACGGGAGAAUCCAGUAUAGCAUCAAAGGCGGUCGGGGAAAGGGCAAGUUUAAAAUUCAUCCCACCACGGGGAUGGUGUACUCCCAUCGUGGAUUCGAGGCUGGACAAGAAUACGAAAUGAUGAUACGAGCGGCCGAUCACGGUGAGCCCCAGCGUAGUCAUCAGACUCGAGUUUCUGUUCAAGUUGUGGAGGCGCCGAAGGAAUCGGAGAACCCUCCAGUGUUCAAGACAAACAAUCAAAGUGUAGAAGUCACGGAGAGCGACGAGGCGGGCUUUUUAGUCGCCCUCGUGCAAGCUAGCGACCGAGACGGUGAUUCUCUGUGGUACGAUAUUUUAGACGGCGACAAGCGCGACGAGUUCUUCAUCGGCCGCGACAACGGUAACGUGCUGCUGGCCAAGAGGCUGGAUUGGGAGACCCAGAACUUCUACAAUCUUACAAUCGGCGUAACCGACGGCGUACACACGACGCUGACGCAGCUGCUCGUUACCGUGAUCGACAUCAACGAUCACCGGCCGGAGUUCACCGAGAACACGUAUCGCGUCGACAUCUCGGAGAAUGUCGAGAAGGGCGAGAGAAUCCUGCAGCUGCACGCGACCGACGAGGACGAGGAUAAGAAGGUCUUCUACAGCCUGCACGCGGCGCAGACUCAGGCAUCGCUCGAGAUUUUCCACGUGGACUCGGUCUUGGGUUCGAUCACGUUGAACGAGCCGCUCGACCGGGAGACCAUCGAGGAGCACGUGCUGACGGUGAUGGUCAAGGAUCAGGGCACGCCGGCCAAGCGCAACUACGCUCGCGUGAUCGUCACUGUCCACGAUCACAACGAUCACGCGCCCGAGUUUAUCAGUGAGAUCAUUCAGGGCAAGGUAUACGAGAGCUCGCCGAUCGGCACGGCGGUGGUGCAGGUGUGCGCGAUCGAUCGGGAUCGCGGCGAAAACGCCAAGAUCACCUACUCGAUCACGUCCGGCAAUGUCGGCAACGUGUUCACCGUCGAUCCGGAUCUCGGUUUCAUCCGUGUCGCCCGCGAGCUCGACCUCGGCGUUUCCUCCGAGUACAUCCUACUCGUGAAGGCGACCGAUCACGGCUCUCCCGCGCUGGCGAACACCGUGCCGGUGCACGUGAUGGUGACGAUGGCCGACAACGCCCCGCCACGCUUCAUCCAGAAGGAGCUGUCCGCGGAGAUAUACGAGAAUCAGCAGCUGGGCACGUACGUGAAGCACGUGGAGGCGCGGAGUACGUCGUCGUUGCAGUUCGAGAUCGUGCGCGGCAAUCGCGACGACACGUUCUUCGUGAAUCCGAGCACCGGCGUGAUCGUCAUCAAGAAUCAGCUGGACUACGAGACGACCAAGUUCUACAAUCUAACGGUGUUGGCGACGAAUAUGGCCGGCGCGUCCGCCACGUGCAAUGUUAUCGUUCACGUGCUCGACCGGAACGAUAACGCGCCGCGCUUCCUGCAGGCCCAGUACAGCGGCGAGAUCAGCGAGGGUGCCAGCAUCGGUUCCCUCGUGUUGACCAACACGAGCGCGCCGCUGGUCAUCAAGGCUGAGGACGCGGAUUCCGAGUUGAACGCACUGCUCAAUUACGACAUUGUCGAAGAUUUGCCGCGAAAGUACUUCCACAUAGACUCCAGCACCGGCGCCAUACGCACGGUCAUGCUGCUGGACCACGAGACCAUACCGAUGUUCUCGUUUCACGUGAAGGUCUCGGAUUUAGGCAAGCCAAAGCUCUCGUCCGAGACCACCGCCAAAGUGAUGAUAGCCGUGACAGAUGUCAAUGAUUGUCCGCCUAAGUUCUCCAGGACUGAUUACAACGUCACGCUUCUGCUGCCGACGUAUAAGAACGUCGCCGUCACUCGAGUGAACGCCGUCGAUCCUGACAGCUCCGAAGGAGCGGCAUUGAGAUAUGACAUCAUCGAUGGGAAUAAGGCUCACACCUUCGAUAUAGAUGCUCAGAGCGGCAUUAUUACGGUCCAUAAUCCAGAACGUAUGAAGAAGAACUAUCUUCUCCAUGUGCGAGUGUCAGACGGCAAAUACUCGAGCGUGGCGCAGGUGAACGUGAUGGUAGAAAAAUCGGAGAACUCCGGUUUGAUCUUCCAAAAGAAUGUCUACGAAGGUGCCAUCUUGGAGAACUCCACAAAGAUUGCAACCGUAGUUGUAGUGAACGUUCUCGGUAGUUUAUUGAACGAGCACAUUGUCUUCAGCAUUCUUAAUCCCACCGACAUGUUUGUAAUCGGACCAACUUCCGGAGCGAUCAGAACCAAUGGCAUACGAUUCGAUCGAGAGGUGUGCGAUCACUAUGAAUUGAUCGUCGAAGCGAAGAGCCACCCGCCGGAUCGGGAGAAGCCCAGGGUGGCUCAUGUCAUAGUGAAUGUCACUAUACUCGACAUAAACGACAAUUGUCCGAUAUUCGUUAAUUUACCUUACUACGCUGUCGUCUCCGUCGAUGCUCAAAAAGGCGACGUCAUUACGAAGGUUCACGCGAUAGACAUGGAUAGCGGCGAUAACGGCGAGGUGAGAUACGAAUUGAAGAAGGGUCACGGGGAACUUUUCAAGGUGUGCCGGAAAACCGGUGAAAUAUCGUUAAAACAGAAUCUCGAAGGUCACAAUCGCGAGUACCAGCUUACGAUCGCCGCGUAUGACGGCGGAAUAACGCCUUGUUCUAUUGAGGUGCCAGUCAACGUGAAGGUGAUAGAUCGCUCGAUGCCAGUAUUUGACAAGCAAUUCUACACGGAUAGCGUGCUCGAGAGUAUAGAAGUACAUUCACCUCUGGCGUUAUCCAUUCAAGCUGAGUCACCUCUGAAUCGCAAACUCAUAUACAGCAUUACUAAGGGCAAUGAUUUUGAGGAGUUUGCCCUGGACUUCAACACGGCCCCCGACAGUAACAAUGGUCCUUGUGUAAUCUAUGUGGUGGAUGAGCUGGAUUAUGAGCAAAAGAAGCAGUAUGAGCUGACCGUGCGCGCCACCGACAGCGUGUCAGGCGUUUACGCGGAGGUGCUCGUCAGCAUCCUCGUCCUGGACGUGAACGACUGCCCGCCCGAAUUCACCCAGGACUCCUACAAUAUCUCGGUAUCGGAGGCGGCGGUAUUCGGAACCCCCGUUCUACGAGUGAGCUCCAGAGACAAUGACACGGGCAUCAAUCAACAAGUUCGUUACGCUAUUCAAAAUGACACCGAGGACAGCACGGAUCUCUUCCACAUCGAUCCGGACGAGGGGGUGAUAUUUCUCAAGCGAUCUCUGGAUCACGAGAGCCGUGAGUCCCAUCAUUUCACCGUGAUCGCCAUGGACCGCGGCGUGCCGAGUCUGUCGAGCACGGCGCACGUCUGGGUGAGCGUGAUCGAUAUGAACGACAAUCCGCCCAAGUUCGAGCAGCCCUCGUACACCUGUUCCCUGUCGGAACACGCCGAGCGUGGUCAAUUCGUGACGGUGGUGUCGGCCAGCGAUCCCGACUACGUCGACGAAAAGCUAACGUACACCAUCGUAGGUGGAAACGAACAGCAGACGUAUAACAUCGACCAGUCGACCGGCAUCAUUUCGCUGAUAAACAUGCAGAAUUUUGGCGAGCAAAAACUCAGCAUGCUCAAUGUAUCCGUCACCGACGGCGUCUACACCAGCUUCACCCGCGUCAAGAUCGAGAUUCUGCCCGCGAAUAGGCACAAUCCGAAAUUCCCGAACCCGGUGGUCGAGGUGACCGUCCUGGAGAACCAGUUACCUGGUAGACUGGUCACCAGCGUGCUGGCCGUGGACGAAGACUUCGGCGAGUACGGCACGGUGACGUACGCGAUAAUAUCGGAGAUGAUGAAGGAGGUGUUUGACAUAAAUAAGCUCAGCGGCGAGAUAGUGACGCGUAAGAAGCUCGAUCGGGAGGAGCAGAAGCGCUACGAGAUACCGGUCAUGGCGAUGGACGGUGGUGGUAGAUCCGGGUUCGUGAUGGUGCGCGUUAAGGUAGGCGACGAGAACGAUAACGCGCCGGUGUUCCUUAUCAGGGAAUACAAAGCGACUAUCCAGGGCAAUCUGUCCUUGAACACGCCCUUCCUGAAAGUCAGGGCGCAGGACGCGGACGAGGAUGAGGCAGCCAAGAUCGUGUAUUCCAUCUACGAACCGCAAACGUCGCCGGCUAGAUCUUUGUUCGGUAUAAAUCCCGAUACGGGAUCUCUCUAUCUACAGAAGAGCGCUGUGCCGUGGGAAAACCAACUGUUCGAAUUGUUUAUUCGCGCGGAGGACAAAGGCACGACCACGCACCACGCCGAUGUUCCGCUAAGUAUUUAUAUAAUGGGUUCCCACGAUAUCCCGCCUCUAUUUGAGCGAAAAGAAGAUAAAUUCUUUGUAAGAGAGGACUCUUCCGUCGGGACGCCGAUCACAAAACUCAAGACCGUCACAAAUAGCACUGUGACAUACCGCAUAGUGUCCGGCGAUGAGGAUAAUCCGCUCUUCACGAUCGACUCUCACGGCCAGAUCACUCUGGCGAGACCGUUGGAUCGAGAGUUGAAAGACAGUCAUUUGAUUGGGGUUCUCGCUGAAACAGAUUCCAGCCCGCCGCUCACAGCUCUCGCCGAGAUCUCUCUUCAAGUGCUGGACGAGAACGAUCACGCGCCGAAAUUCGAGAGCAAUCCGUACGCGAUCAGUUUGGCCGAGAACAUCGAGGAGGGGACGUCGAUAUUGAAAGUCAUUGCGCACGAUAAGGAUCUUGGUAGCAACGGUGAAGUACGUUACUCCUUCGGAUCCGACAUAGGGGAAUUAGCGAACGUUUUUACGGUGGACGCCUACACCGGUUGGAUAUCGACGUUGGUACAGCUCGACAAGGAAAAACAACCAGAGUAUAAGUUUCAGGUGGUUGCCACUGACAAUGGAAAUCCGAAACACUUCGCGAGGACGUCGGUGCACGUCAAGUUAAAGGAUUAUAACGAUAACUCGCCCGCGUUCGUCGACGAUCGUUACGAGGCUACGGUGAACGAGGACGCUUUACCAGGAACGGUCGUGGUGAAAUUGAUCACCGUCGAUAAAGACACAGAUGUCAAUACGCCGAUAGAAUUUUAUAUAACAUCCGGCGAUCCUAGGUCGCAAUUUCAAAUCAGAUCUACCGGCGAGGUGUACGUGGCAAAAUCCUUGGACAGAGAGACCAUUGAUCGUUACGAGCUUCAGAUCGUUGGUACCGAUGGAAAAUACGUUUUUGAAACGAAAGUAACGGUGCAAGUCUUGGACGUCAACGAUAAUCCGCCGUAUUGCCUCAGAUACCGUUACAGAGAAAUACUUUCCGAGGGCUCGCAUCCUGGCGCCUAUGUCUUGACCGUGUUGGCCACCGACUAUGACGACGAGCCGAACGCCAAGCUACGGUUUUACUUAACUGGCGACAAUAACGACAAAUUCUCGUUAGACAAGGAAACGGGCGUGCUGAAAACCGUUGGGCAACUCGAUCGAGAGACUCAAGCUAAGUAUUCCUUGACGGCCCACGUGCAGGACCGGGAUAAGCCAACUUGGGAGUGUUCGUCGCAGCUGGAGAUUCUCGUUUCCGAUCUCAAUGACAACGCACCGAAAUUCACUAUGUCAACUUACAGCAGUACUUUGCCCGAGGAUGUGGAGAUCGGCACGUUAGUGACGAAGGUACACGCUACGGACAACGAUAUCGGUAUCAAUCGGAAGAUCCGAUAUGAGUUUAUCGAUUCGGCGGACGGUCACUUUCUCAUCGCGGCGGACAGUGGAAUAGUCACGCUGGCCAAGCCACUGGACCGAGAAACGAAGGCCAUGUACAAUGUUACUAUUCAGGCACUCGAUCAGGGCACCCCUCAGCUAAUGGGGGUCGCCUCUCUCAUCGUUAACGUGCAGGACAUCAACGACAAUCCGCCAGAAUUCGCUUCUAAGCUCUACUUCGCGAAAGUGCCUGAGAUUUACGCGGUUGGUACCGAAGUGGCACGAGUGCUCGCCACCUCCAAGGAUACAGGGGUGAACGCUGAUAUAUAUUAUUCGAUCGUCGGUGGUAAUGAGCACAAGAAGUUCCAAAUAGACGCCAAGACGGGCGUCUUGACCAUCGCCGAACAGCUGGACUAUGAACGGGCUCGCGAUUACUUCCUCACUAUCCAAGCUGUCGACGGAGGUAUCCCGCCGCUAAGCAAUCACGCUACUGUCAAUAUCACCGUCACCGACAGCAACGACAACGCGCCGAUUUUCAGCGAAGUUUCGUACAGAGCCUUCGUGAGAGAAGAUGCGAAAAAUGGGGAGAAAGUUACGCAAGUGUACGCGAAUGAUUUGGAUAGCGAGGAGAAUGGCAACGUGUCGUAUUAUAUAGAACGUGGCGACAGACAGAAGCAGUUCUCCAUCGACAGAAAAACCGGACAGAUAAUGGUCGCCGCUCCUUUGGACCGAGAAGAAAUUGCGAGCUACGUAUUGGAAGUUCAUGCGCGUGACAACGGCAUUCCGAUGCUCUCGAGCUUCGUGAUGGUAAACAUCGAGGUCCUGGAUGCGAACGACAAUCCGCCGUUGUUUUCCAUGCCAAAUUACACGGCUGUUGUGCAGGAGGACAAACCACUCGGCCAUACGGUUUUGCAAUUCGUCGUCACCGACGCGGACAUCGAGCCGAAUGCCGAGCCGUACACCUUUGAUUUCCGUUCCGGCAACGAAGGCGACGCGUUUCGACUGGAGCAGGACGGCACCUUGCGAACGGCGACGAAAUUUAACAACCGAGUGAAGGAUAAGUACGUGUUGCAUGUCCGAGUGUUCGAUAAUGGCAGUCCGCCAUUGUAUUCGGACGCGUGGGUUGUAAUCAAGGUGAUCGAGGAAUCGCAGUAUCCACCAGUAAUCACGCCUCUCGAAGUGAUUAUCAAUUCUUACAUGGACGAGUAUCCAGGUGGCAUUAUCGGAAAAGUCCACGCGACCGAUCAGGAUCAAUACGACACGCUUCUCUUCAGUUUGGUGCCAUCCUCGCCGAUCCCGAGCACCGAUCUCUUCCAGAUAGACAAGAUCGACGGCACGUUAGUGGCUUUGCCUAGACUCGACGUGGGCGAAUAUAGGAUAAACGUUAGCGUGACGGACGGCAAGUUCCACUCGUGCUCGAUCGUAAAAGUUAACAUCGAUCUGGUGACCGACAAGAUGCUCGAAAAUUCAGUGAUCGUGAGAUUUCGAGAGGUCAGCCCGGAAGAUUUCAUGCUGAGCCAUCGCAAGGGCUUCGUCAGAACCGUUCGAAACGCGAUGAAUUGCCGACUCAAGGACAUCGUCAUUAUCAGCGUGCAACCAUCGACCGAUGAGGCGAACCUGAUCAAGUCGCGGGCGAUUCGCCAGGCGGUGCACAACGAUCUCGAUCUUCUGUUCGCCGUGAAGAAGGCGGCGAAUCCCGCGGGUUCAUCGGGUUUCUACGCGUCGGAGAGCAUACGCGAAGCGUUGAACCAGCACGUGGAGGAGUUGGAGGAGUCGACGAAGCUGGUCGUCGAAGAGAUCGUCCGCUUCAAGUGCAACAAAGGUUACUGCUUCUACGGCGACUGUCAAGACAAGAUCACUCUCGAUCCUACGCAAAUCACGCCUGUGUCCACUGAUGUGAUGAGCUUCGUGUCGCCGCGGCACAAACACAAGAUGGAGUGUAAUUGCAAGGAGGGAUAUGCCGGCAGUCACUGCGAAGUAGUGGUCAACGAGUGCGCCAGGGAUCCCUGUCCUCUGUUCAAAGUCUGCGUGCCGGACUCUUCCAUUCAAGGAUACUCGUGCCAGUGCCCUGAGGGAUACGCCGGUCAGACCUGCGACAUAGAUAUUUCCAAAUGCCAUGACGAGUCGUGUUACAUUCCGCGAAAUCCCAUAUCUUUCAGCGGCAAGAGUUACGCGCGCUACAAGAUCGACAAGGCGCUAAUACGGCAAACGAUCGAGGAUCGUCUCAGCUUAUCUUUGAGAAUCAGGACGAUGCAGCCUACCGGCAACCUCAUGUACGCGGCCGGUAAGGUGGACUACAACAUUCUGGAGAUCGUUAACGGCGUGAUGCAGUACAAAUUCGAUCUGGGCAGCGGCGAGGGGCUGGUCAGAGUGAGCAGCGUGUACGUGAGCGACGGACAAUGGCACGAGAUCCAGCUGGAGCGGGAGAGCAACAGUGCCCGGCUAACCGUAGAUGGAAAACACAUCGCUCACGGUUCCGCACCCGGUAUCAAUGACAUCCUGAACUUGCAAUCGGACGAUCUGUAUCUGGGCGCGGAGGUGAGGCAGCAUCCGUCUAUCAUCGGCUUUGAGGACGUGCAACGCGGCUUCGUCGGCUGCAUGGACGACGUCAGAAUCGCCCGAGUGUCCGUGCCAUUGCACAUGAGCGGCGCCAGCAGCGUAGCGAUUCUCAAGCGAUUCGCCAACGUCGAGUUCAGCUGCGACACGGCGACUAUCCUGGUGCCGCCGGGUGUCUGCGGCUCGCAGCCGUGCCAGAACGGCGGCACUUGCAAGGACAUGGGCAGCGACAACUACGAGUGCCAGUGUCACAGCCGGUUCGCCGGUCUAGCUUGCGAAAUCGACACGGACCCUUGCGCCUCCUCGCCCUGCCUCUACGGCGGCCGUUGCAAAAUCGUUCCGGAGGGCGGUGAUUACGUCUGCGAGUGCGUCGGGCCGAGUCUCAGCGGCAAACGUUGCGAGUUUGGCAGGUACUGCAGCCCGAACCCGUGCAGCCACGGGGGCGUGUGCGAGGAGGGCAACAACGGCCCGAUCUGCAAGUGCCAGGGCUUCGCGGGCGACCGCUGCGAGACCGACAUAAACGAGUGCGACGCGAGUCCGUGCACGAACGGCGGCACCUGCGUCAACGAGAUCGGCACGUACAGAUGCAUCUGCCCGCCGAACAUGACCGGCCUGAACUGCGGCAACCCGGCCUUCUCCACGCCCAUCAUAUCCAGCCACUUCAACAUCCCGUGGGACCAUCUCAUGUGGAUCGGGAUCGCGGUGCUGCUCAACAUCUUGCUCAUCAUCAUAUUCGUCGCCUUCUGGCGGAUACGGACGAAGCGAACCAGGACGCGCGCCAACAACAUCAACAACGAGACGCGGAAGCAGAUCGUCCUGAAUUCCGCGAGGCCGCACGAGCACGAGUUCAAGCGCAGUUCGAAACUGAGCAAUCUGGAAGUCAUACAGAGAGAACCUCCCCAAUGCCCUCCCAGACCCGCCUCCUACACCCCGAGCUCGAACAACGAGCCUGCCACGUACGGUAACACGGCGGCGGUGGCUCUAAAUAACUUGGACACCCUGCGCAGCUACGGUAGCGCGGGCGACGAGCUAGAGAACUUCCCGCCGGAUUACCUGCGGAAUCUGAAUCGCAGCACUCCCGUACCACCCCCGUCCCUGACCCUCGCUAAUCCGGUCGGCGGAAACGCAACUGGCAGCGACACGGACAGUCUACACAAGCCCACCUGGCAAGAGCAGAUGCAGCUGGCUUCCUUCAUAACGGACACGACUAAGAUCAAGAACGACCUGAAACGAGCGAGCCCAGUGGUACCAGAGCUGACCACUGGAGGACUUCUACUAAACUCUUCUCGACGGACGCCUCACGCGGUUGGGUCCUCCGUCGCCUCCGUCACGUCCAUCGAGGAUGAUCCUCGCAUCGUCGGCGGAUAUCACUGGGACUGCUCAGACUGGGUCAGACCGAGUCAGAAUCCCUUGCCUAACAUUACGGAAGUACCUGGCAGCGAGGUCCCAGACUCGUCCAGCUUCCAUAGCAAUGAGAGUAAUGAGUCCAAUACUCAUCAAUUACCAAUAAUGCAUGGUCCGAUAGAUCCAACGAGGGACAUCGAGACCUUGAACGAAGAUCAAGAAUCGGAAUACGUCGGCGAUUCCGAGUGCGGGACCGAGUUCUCGGAGCAGUAUCAUUGCGCGGAGACGCAGCGUCUGAACCCCCUCGACAGCGGCGGUGAGGGGGAUUACAAGUACAAGAGCUCCGAGAGCUAUCUGCGUCACCCGAACUCGUACCUGCCCCAUUACAAUAUUCACACCGACACGGAGAAUGAGACGAAUCCGCUCAACGGCCGUCUCAGCACCCUCGAGUCCGACGAGGAAGAAGACGACGUAGUGCCUUAUGGUUUUCCGAGCACCCGCCGUAACCGAUGCCACAAGGUGAUCGAGGAGGACGAGAUCGGCUCCGUUAUCACCACGCUGGAGGAAAGAAACUCGCUAUUGGGCGGCGCAAGCAAUAGCGAUCUCUCCACGAAUCUUUGCGAGAUCGAUGAUUCCGAGUACGAGAUCGCGGAUCAGAAGAGCAACGGGCGCCUGUGGUUAUCGGGGAACGGCAUCACGCAGACCUCAGUGUGACGAACGGUGGUGCCGAAGUACGCGGAUAGACUGAAGCGUGCGAGAGCGUGUUUCUCUGUGCUUCUAUGAUUGAGAUGCGCGGAUGAUGUCUGUGAAUAUAUGCAAUUUUGUACAUAGAGCGUUAUAUCGUCGUAGAGAAGUAAGACAGUCUGUACAGGCAGCUAUGAAGUAAGGAAGCCCGUUUGUGCGAGCCACCGGCGUGUUCUGCACGCACGUCGCGUGUACGAUGUAUACCGUCGCGGAAAUACAUCACGCCUCACAAAUCUCCUCCUACACAGGUAGAGUUCAAGCAUCAGCGUACUUAAUCCUGCAAACUAACAGCGAAUAUAGUUAUAUGUCCUACAACUGCAAGCAGUGCGUACGUCGUGUCAUAUUUUAUUUAUUUCAUUAUCGGAUGCAUCAUAUAUAUAUUUUUUUGUAGUAAUAUAUACACAUAUGUAGAAUCCAAAAAUAUAGAUUGACGUAAUUUUAUGGCUUGAUGGUAGAAAAAUAGAUAUCUGAACAUACAAUUCUCGUAUAUUUUUCUACUUUCAAGCCAUAUUUCCUCUUCUGAUUGCAAGAUAUUAAUAUGCUUUAUAAAUAUACAUUAUUUGCUUAAUCAAAAAGAAAAAUGCAUAAUAGAUGCUUAUUAGAUAACGCUACACACUGCACGCAUUCUUAAUGUUAUUUCAUUUCUGCAACAGUUUGAAAAUAUUCCUUUUGACUCUACCAAGGAGAUGAGAUUUAUUAGAGAAAAAAAAUAUAGAUUGUGGCAACUACGAGUACGCGUAUAUGCGUAAGAAAUUAUCUUAAGGAAGGGAGGAAUUCAUUACUCGAGAAAAGUAAAGCUAAUCACGACCGUGUCGUCAGACCAAUGACUAUUGUUUAAUGACCUAUCGUUUAAAUUUAACGUGUUAAUCCAACAACUAUAUAAUUCCAGUGCAAAAGAUACAUAGGUACAUUUGUGUAUUUUUACUAUUUGCUAACUGACUUUAUUUUGGUUACGUAUAAAUGAGAACCGACGGACUACUUAAUAAUGCAUAUAUUAAGUAAGAAAUAGCAGAUUAGCGUGUAAGUAAAUGGACUCUAGUGAAAAAAAAGAACAGCCUCCUCCAUGCGUUACGGAGUGGACAUGUGCGCGACUGUGCACGUGUUUAUUGCACAGGUUAAUAGUUAAAAAAGAAUAUAUGAAAUAUUUUUACUGUGAUGAUAAUAAUGUUUAUACGAUGAUCAAAUACUAUGACUUGUAUCAUAAUAAUUGCAAUGUUAAUUACCCAACGUUUUAUAACAAAUUUAAGAAAAAAAGAUGAAGUGCGAUGGAAGGGGCGACGUCCUCCUCCGUGUAUACGUAAGCUAAGUCAACGUUCCGUUUAUUUAACAUUUUUUUUCUUCUUAUCUCUUUAUUCGUCAGCCACCAUCAGUACGACCGAUGAAUCUGCAUACAUGGUGCUACUAUUUACAUCACGCUUUAUCGUCUAUCUACUCUUUAAUAAGACUGCUCAGCGGCGCGAGGUAAUUCACCUCAUCGCGCCCUUUACCAAUCUGCCAUUCGCAUCUCAUGUAUUCUCUCAUCAUAGGAAACUCCAUAUAAUAUAUAAUGGAAUACUUUUUAAAACUGCCAAUUAAUUCUUAAUGCCAUAUAAGCAAUGCAUUUCCUUCGAUUAAUUUGUAUAAAAGAGAUAGAAGAAUAUCAAGGAACAAUCUAUUACGCGUCUAAGGUUUUUUCUCAUUGUCACACUUCCAUUUAGAAUACUUUUUCAUUAAUGGAUAUUGUAUAGCGGCAGCUUAUUUGGGUGAGGUAUACAUGUUCUUUUAUACACGUAGAAUUUUGUUGAGAAAUUCGAUUUUAUGUUCCUGUUCUGUAAAGGAUGCCAGGCUAUCCUGCUCGUGUUUGGUAGGAUAACAUUAGCGAAUCAUAUUAAUAAUAAUGCUAAACAGGGUGAUUUUUAUGUUAUGACCAAGAGUAAAAGCAUCGUCUCUCGUCCUUGUAUAAGUUAAAAUCGACUGUGCUUCUACUUUCUGAAAUUUUAGAAGAUCAUACAUUAACGUUCGUAUAAUAAAAUUUUUUAAUGAUUUUAUAUUAAAAUCAAAUAAAAAAAGAUGAAGAGAAUAGAAUUGAUUUCGCCGAUUGCAAUUCGGUAAAAAUGAUAAGCGAUAUAAAAUUUCAGUGAGUAACAUGAAGCACGAAUAAAUAUUAUAUAACACAUCUAAUAGAUUAGUUUUAUUAAAAAAAAAAAAAAAAAGAAACGAUGAAGCACAUUGGUCAAAGACUGUAAAGUAGAAGAUAUAAAUGUGACAGCGGACUUUUUAUAAAUAGUAUAUGAAUCAUUUAGUGAUCUUAUACAAAAAUCACAAAAACCCGUUUUUUAGAAUUUCCCAACUGAUAAAUUAAUAACAUAAUAAGUGAUCAUUAUUAAUUUCUUUUCAUAGUUACGUAGUACAGAAUUGAUUGAAAGCAUAUAUAAAUGGUUUGUACAUAUAAUUUUCAGUAAAUUAUUUAUUGCU